AUUUAGGCGUGAGACAAGAACGAGAUGCUUGUCAAACCGUGACACGCUAGCUGGGGCAUGAUUUGCUACCAUUGAGAACGAGAGAGGAAAAAAAGUGAGAGAGCGAGAGGGUGGCCACCGAAACCAAUCAGGGACCGUCCAGCACCAACCAUCCGUCGCGUUUAUGAGUAAAGGCGAUCAAUUAGCCGGUCGUCGGUUGACCGUUUGAAAAAAAAAAAACGCCAAUUUACGCUCACAUCGGCUCUCGAUUGGGGACAACAUGGCUGAGUGUAACGUUAGCAUCGACCAGGACAAACUGCCUGGAGUGAAAGAGGUUUGCAGAGACUUUGCUGUGUUGGAAGACCACUGCCUUGCCUACAACCUCCAGGAACAAGAGAUUGAGAGCCACUUGGCAUCCAAUGUCCACAAGAGCCGGCUGGUGCAGCAGGACCUGCAGGUGGCCAAGAAGCUACAGGAGGAGGAGGAUGAGAUCGCCAAGGUCGUGAUCAAGAAGCAGCAUGUUGCCAUAGAGCGCCACGAUAACGAGAUUGCCCAUGAGAUUCAGGAUCAACUGGUUCGACAGGCUGAGCAACAACGACUGCAGCAGGAGGAGAAGGAUGCGGCUAUUGCUCGUAAGCUGCAUGAGAAAGAGAUGAAAGAGGAAAGACGACGACAGAAACACCAGGAUGAAGAGUAUUAUGAGGAUCCAGUAGCUGCGAGACAGCCUCUUGACCUGGACAAGCCCACGCGCCACACGUCUAGCUCCCCAGGGCCCUAUGAUGUGCAUCCUCCAGUGAGCAUCCAACGUGAUCAUUCGCCAGUUUCGAAUUCAAUAGAACCCGUGAGGAACAGGCACUCAAAACAGGAUCCAGCAGUACUGAACAGCCGUUCCAGGUACCCCGAGCAUUUACUGGUGGCAGAGGGUGGCCGGGGGAGACAUGCAGAUCCGUAUUCAGAUCAUCUGCAGUCCCCCAAAGGCAGGCGUGGGGACAGUUACCCCGAUUAUGAACCUGCAGAAUCAAGGAGAGCACGUGACAUGGGAGAGGACCCCGAUAGAGCAGUGAGAAGGAAAGAGAGGCCAGCCCAUUCUCCACUGAGUGCCAAGGAAAGAGACAAGGGCUGGGAGAAAGAGAGGGACAGGAGACAUGAUAGAGACGUUCUCAGGGACGUCGAGCAUGACUAUCAUUUGAGGAAACAUCAAAGGUCGGACAGGGAACAGGACAUGAGGACGGCUAGAGGAGGAAGAGAGAGGGAGCGCCUCAGAGAUCGCACACACAGUGAGGACAGGCCUGAAGUGAGAGACAAGCAGACGCACAAAGGCAAGGACGGACAACGAGCAAGGGCCAAGAGCAGGGAAAGAGCGCAUGACGAUGAUUUCAUUGAACCAAGGGGGGAUAGGGUAUCCCGGGAGGAGGAAGAGGAUGAAGCCGAGAGGGCGAGGAGGGCGAGGGGCCGCCAGCGGGUUCAAUCCGGCCCCGACGAUGUGUUUGAAGAGUACAGGAACAACCGAGGGAGAGGUGACAGCAGAGAGUUGUGGGAACCUUCUGGCAAGCGUACGCCCUCCAGUGAUGAGACAGGUCGAAUUGUGCACAAAGGGAGUGGAGAAUUUGUAGAAGGGGAGUACGGACUCGACGAGGCCACAAGGGACUUGACCAAGUUGGAUCUGCGCGAGCAGGAACUUAAGGACUUGGAGGUGGCAAGGAGAAUGCACGAGGAGGAAGUCAAGGCAAGCAAGAGCCAUGUGCGAGCAGCCCAAGUUGCACAGGAUGAGGAGAUUGCCCGGCUGCUAAUGGAACAAGAGAAGAGGGAGUACAGAAAGCAUCGAGAACGGGAGAAAGAGCGGGAGAGGGACCGCCAUGAAAAGGAACGAGAAAGGGAGAGGGAGCGCGUGGCGAUGGAAAAGAGGCGACCAGAGGGGGACUACAGGCCAAAUUCCGAGGAUGUUGUCCGAUCCCGAUCCAGAGAUGAGCAUGACCCCCAGAGGCACAGGAGUCACCACAAACCUUCCCGGCCACCUCAUCCUCGCACCCACGAGUACGAGAAUGUGAACCCUGGUUAUGGCUACAGUGACCACGCUGACCCCCAACGGGCGCCCACCAGACCUGAAGCCGCUUACAAAGGUGCCUAUUACAAGCGGUGACUCAGGCUCCAGACAGACGGUGUCAGUCCUCCUCUGUCUUUGUCUCAUCCCUUAUUUAUCCUUUUGUCUUCAACCAUUCACACCCUGCUGACCAAAAGCCUUUGGACAAUCUCAUGAGUUGGUAACGGAUUUUUUAAUUUUUUUUUUUUUUUUUUUAAAUCAGCAAUUAUCUCCCCAUACCCAUCAGAAGAAAAGAAUGUGCUGGAACCUCACUCAUCUUUUUGUCACUUUUUUAAUUUAAUUUUUUUAAUAUGUCUGUAAAUUUAGAAUCUCAUACUUGACAUCAAGCCCUAAAAGCAGCCUCGCCUCAUGUAGUCACUCCCAAAGUUCCUGGUGGUCAAUACGCGUUCACUGCGAUGUCAUCACAAGGGAUCCAGGCCUUCGACCUGUGCUGCUCAUUGGCCUACAUUCCUUGACAUCUUACUUUGAUGUGCCUGCUCAGUCCGACGUGGCCUCAACACUUGGCAGCUUCUUAUUCCACCUUAAAAUCUGUUGUCGGGGUGCCAUGCAACAAAGAUGCAAACGACUUUUUUUUUUCUUAAUCGAGAUGCUGGCAGUUGGCCUUUCAGUCAUCCACCAACCUUAAAUUUGCCGCACUGCAGAGGCGCAGACUGUAAGGAUGUCAUUGGCACUGAACCCCCCCCCCCCCCCACACACACACACACACAAAAAAAAAACCCUGACUUUACAUUGAUAGUGACCAGAGGAUGUUCUGAGUGACUCAGUAUUCUAUUUGCAUGCUUACUGAACGUUUUAAAGGUCUUACAUGCCUUUCAGCGCCACGUAAAACAAAUGGGAGUGGGGAACUUUGGCUGGCAGGCAUUCAACAGCCUGCCUUCGGGUCUAAAAAUUGAUCCAACCUGACAAGAACUGUUACAAAACCCCAAAUUUUAUGAAAUAUAACAUGCAUAUGUAUAUUAAGCAUCGUGAUGUAGUAGUACGUCUGUCGUGUUGGGUGAAUAACAACUAAAUUGUUUGUAGGUGUGAAAGUGAGUGCGAAUGGUUGGUUGUCUCCAUACGUGCCCUGUGAUUGACUGGUGACCAGUCCAGGGUGUACCCAACAUCAUGCCCGAAGUGAGCCCACCAAUUUUAGGAGAAUGACAAGUAUACAACACUAUUUGAUUUUUGGAUCACAUUUGCUUUCAUAAAUCGUGUCUUGCCGCUCAAAGGCUUUAUAAGCUGGCCUCUGAUAAGAAGUACGUUCCCCGCCCCACCCAUUUGUAAACUCUGAUCCUGCUCAACAAUAACUCAUACGUGCCAUAUUAUUAUUUUGGGCUGAAAAGAACUGCAUGCACUUAUUUUGUGCUCUGGUGAGAUUGAAUACAUGGUUAUAAAAUGUUUUUCGUAUGUGUAAAUAUUUUUUUUGUCAUCAUGUGCUACCAGUUUGGCGAAGAAUGGGAACAAAAACACAAUUUCUCAUCUGAUAUUUAUGUCCGGUUAAAAAGGGAAAUAUUUGAUUUUAAUGUCAUUUUGCUGGUCUUUCUUCUGAUUAGGGUUCCGUUGUUUUUCCGAUGAAAUAGAAGCACACUUGGAACGAGGGGAAUUAAUUCAAACAAAAAAACACAUCAGUUCUGAAAGGGACAUUUUUCAGUGUUUUUGCUGCUCCAUGUUCUGUUCUGUUUUCAUAUUGAAGAAGUACAGCAUGUAGUGACAAAAAAAUAAAAAUCCUUCAUUUCUUUGUUUAUGAAAUAUAUCAGCCUCCCCAUUGUAUCUCUAACUUUGUCAUGUAUGAGUCGGUGGCGUUCAUUCGCAGUAUGUGCGCAGUUGCUAUUCUCAGAAUGGGAAAUGUGUGCCAUAUUUGUCAUUUUCCAAGCUCUUGUAAACGAAAGAGUGGGCCGACAAAAUGUAGUGGUUGAUGAGAGCUCCACCUAGUGGACUUGUUGAAUAUGAGCGCUGUUGAUCUCAGCAAAUAGGGAAUGGGACUCAUGUUCAAAACUGCUCAGGAUGUAUGUUUCGUGGUCCGUGUUGUGUACCGUUAUUGAUUAAUGUCCAACAUUGAACAGUUUAAUUUUCUCCUUUGUUGUUUUUCACAGGGCUUAUAUGCAAUCACCUCUUAUCAACAUGUGCUGGAACAUGCUGUAAAUGUUUUUUUUUUUUUUAAUUUUAAUUUACAUGGCAAUGAAACUUUCUUUUACUUAUUGCACCUCAAAUUGUAAUAAAGCAGCUUUCAGAGUCAA